UUGGAUUUAAGCAACUUUUAUUUUGAAAAAUGUUAAACUAAAUAAAGUUUGAAGAAAAAAAAGGAGGAGGAGGAGGAGCGGUGGUGUUCUACCCAGAAUUCCCUGCGGUCUCAGUGAAAACAUGGCGUCGAGGGCACCUGUGGCUACGGGCAGGCUUAUGCUUGGCUUCCGCAAGUGGUAUUACAACUUAUGUGGCUUCAACAAGCUUGGGUUAAUGCGGGAUGACACAAUAAAUGAAGAUGCAGAUGUGAAAGAAGCCCUGAGGAGGCUCCCAGAACAGGUUUACAACGACAGGAUGUUCCGAAUCAAGAGGGCCCUCGAUCUCUCAAUGAAGCAGCAGGUUCUCCCGAAAGAGCAAUGGACAAAAUAUGAAGAGGAAAACUAUUACCUGACUCCAUACCUGGAAGAGGUGGUCCGUGAGAGGAAAGAAAAGGAGGAAUGGAUGAAGAAAUGAGACGAUCUUCAGUCACAACAGUUUUUCUGUCCUAAGUCGGUUCACAAUUGUCCCGUGGUGUAAUAUAUGAAAUAAAAUGUAACCUAUGUUGAGAAAAAGCCCAUUAAAAUUGUACAUUUUUAGAGGCCA